GUCGCUUCGUCGCUUCGCUUCGCAGAACCUCCUUGCGGUCCCGGAUGUCGCUCUUGGGCCAUGCCUUGGCCAAAGCCGAGUGCUGGUAGUGGUGCUCAAUUGGUGAAGGAACUUCGGAAUCGUCAGGUUAAUCUCUCGAGACCUGAAGUUGAAGGAUUGCUUACAGCACUCAGCCGAGCUCAGCAAGGCUUGGCGAAUUUGGAGAGCCAUGAAGCGCAAGAAGUGGGCAGUGCCUUCGAAGACAUCGAGCAUUUGUUGCAGCAAGCAAGUGCUCGGAGUAGGUCCAAACCAAUGAACGAGUUGGUGGAUCUGAGCGAUUUGUCAAACCUCCGAGAGCAAGCGUUGGAAGCGUUCCGCAGCCAAGAAAAAAUGUCCUUGAACGAGGCCUUAGAACAGGGAGCUGUGACUUGUCGACGCAGGGCCUGCAAACGGCGCCAUGACAACACGAUCUCCGGAGUGUUGGGUUUGGGCUUUUGUAGUUCACAAUGCGCUUCAAGAGAAAAUGAGAAGCAGCAGAAAUUGCUGGACAAGUACACAGAUGAAGAUGGUAUGCUUCAUGCAGAGGGUCUGUGCGAACUGGAUCUUGCCUGGGUCACGCAGUAUGGCAUGGGUAUGGUGGGUGGCAUGCCUAGAUUGCGGCUGCUAGUCUUUAACGAAGACAUUGCAUUUCGUCUUGCUUGUGAACAUUGUGCCCGUCAAGUUGAAGAAGCAGCAGGGCCUGCUUUAGAGGGGGUGAGAAGUUUUUUCCGAAGUGAGCAAGAGAGGCAGGGCCUGAUCUCCUGGACCAAACUUUGA